GAUUAGUUAACCACGUGUCCCGCAGUAAUUGUAAUGGGAGAUCAUCUAGUGUGUCACCUAAGUCACCUCUUAAGAAAUUUUCAUAAGUUUUACCAUUCAGAUUGUCUGGAAGAAAGUAAUCAAGCCCAAUCAAAUGGUUGGACAUGAUGCCCAUCCACACAUUUACACUAAAUCGUCGUUGUGUUCCCUUUAGGGCGCGUUCCCACUAUGUCGUAACGACUAAUUUAUCGUUCGACGACUGUCGUCUCUACCUGUUCCCAUUAUAACGAUUGUUUGUCGUCAACAUUUUUUAUCGUUUAGCGACUGUCGUAUCUAGCUGUUCCCAUUGGAUCGCUCAGAUCGCUCGCAUCAUCAGCAAGCUACAAAUCUAGUCGCCUCUGCGUUCGCUUGGUGAUUACUAGUGCGUUUACUCUCCUGAGUUCAAUGGACGAAGAUGAAAUUUUAAUAAUGUAUUUCUUUUUGAAAAGAAGGAAAAUGAAGCAAGCAAUGAAAAGAAAGUACUGGGUACAUCCAAUGUUAAUGAAAAGAAUUCCAUUAGGAUUAUGUCAGAGUUAUAUAGAAGAAUUAAAAAGUGAUGAUGGAAAGUUUUAUGAGUAUUUAAGAAUGACUGUCACCACCUUUGAUAGCCUACUGGUACGACUUGCAGACAAUCUUAGAAGAGAAAACACACAUUUCAGAAAUUGUAUAAGUGCCGAAGAAAGACUAGUGAUAACUUUAAGAUAUUUGGCGUCGGGAUGUUCGUUUAAACAACUGCAUUAUAAUUUUAGAGUGGGAAUGUCAACCAUCAGCAAAAUAAUCAAAGAAACGUGUUCUGUUAUUUGGAGCGUAUUAAGUGCAGAAUAUUUAAAGUUGCCCAAUACCGAAGAAGAAUGGAAAGCGAUCGCUGAAGCUUUUAAAACGAAAGCAAAUUUUCCUCAUUGCCUCGGUGCGCUGGACGGCAAGCACAUAAGGAUUACAAAGCCAAUAAAUAGUGGUUCUAUGUUUUUUAACUAUAAGGAUUAUUUUUCUUUUAUUUUAUUUGCAAUUGUUGAUUCAGAAUACCGUUUCAUUUACGUUAGUAUUGGUUCAUACGGAAAAGAGUGUGAUUCAUCUAUCCUAAAACAAUCCAAUUUUUGGAAGAAACUAAAUGAUGGUACUUUAAAUAUACCAAGACCCACGCCAUUACACGAAAAUAUGCAAGAAGAAAUACCAUAUGUAUUUGUUGGAGACGAAGCCUUUACAUUGUCACAAAAUUUAUUGCGACCUUAUGGCGGUACUCAUUUAGACAAUAAGACAAAGAUAUUUAAUUACCGUCUAAGCCGCGCGAGAAGAUAUGUUGAAUGCACUUUUGGUAUCUUAUCCAAUAAAUGGAGGAUCUUGCAUAGACCAUUGGAUGUAUGUGCAGAAACAGCUAUUGAAGUUGUAAAGGCUUGUACGGUAUUACAUAAUUUUUUAAUAAAAAAAGACGCUAUAUACUUGGAGAAUACCCCAACCGUUAUGCCCCUGCUAAACAUGCCUGCAACACAGCUGCGUCCAAACGAAGGUGGUGGAAACGCAGUGCGCUUACAAUUUUCCGACUAUUUUGUAUCUGAAAUAGGCUCCGUACCUUGGCAAAACAUUACAGCACACGUAUCAUAAUAAAUAAAAAGUUUCAGAAACUUA